CUCUUCGGACUUUUCUGCCAACGAACAUGAUGAUGAAAUACGUUAUUGCGUUCUUUUUUGUUGUGGUGGUAGUUUCUGCUAUCUCAGAAGAUGAGGAGAGUCGUCUGGCUUUACAAAAUCCUGACCUCUUUCAGGGAGAUAUCUUAGGAAUACACCCUGGCGACAGAAAUGUUAUUCCUCAGCUUCAUAAGAGAUGGCCCAACAAGCGCGUUCCAUACAUUAUUGAUUCUUCACUCGAUACAGCAAAGGCAACUGCCCUCAUCUUGCAGGCUAUGAAUGAUUAUCAUAUAAAUACUUGCGUCAAAUUUGUACCCAGGACUACAGAAAAGAACUACAUCAAGCUUUUCUCUGGAAAAGGAUGUUAUUCCUACGUUGGAAUGAUUAACCGUGGAGAGCAACCAGUGUCCCUUGGACAGGGGUGUUUACGAAAAGGCACCAUUGUACACGAACUAGGACAUGCUAUUGGUUUCUUCCAUGAACAAAACAGAUCUGAUAGGGAUGACUAUCUCAUUAUUUAUUGGCAGAAUAUUAUGACAGGUAUGGAAACCCAAUUCACUCGCCUGCAACCUAGUCAAAACUUGCUUCUGACUGAUUUUGAUCACACAUCUAUCAUGUUAUAUGGAAAUUAUGCUUUCUCCAAAGAUGGAAGAUCUGUAACGAUGGUUGCAAAAAAUGGUCAGCGACUGCUGGAACCGUACGAAAAACCAGGUCUUACCAAAAGCGACAUUCAACGUGUAAAUGAAAUGUACAACUGUGAAGAAUCUAGAUUGUUCCCUUGAAGUUACGUCUGUGAAUAAAAAAAAAUUGAAAUAUCAGAGUUGUAAGAAAUAUUUCUUAAAAAGGUUUUUACUAUAACUUUAAAGGAUAUAAAAAAUUGUAUAGUUUUGUAUUUUUAAUAAAAUUUCUGUGCGUAGUAGCAA